AACGACCCAGUAGAUUUGACCAACCGCUAUAAACGGAUUUCUUUUUCUGCCACACAGAGAUUCCGCUGUAAACACAGAGUCAACGAGCAAAAUGCCAGCUCCUGCAAUGUCAGCACCUCACAAGCUUCAGUGUGGAAGUAUACAUGAAGCUGUAAGAGCAGGAAAUGUAGCAGAGUUAGAAAUGAUGGUGAAAAAUGGUGCUAGCGUAAAUGAAGUAGAAGACCGUGACAAGUUUACCCCUCUACACACUGCCUGCAAUGUUGGAUCCUUAGAGUGCCUGCAUUGGUUACUGUGGCACGGUGCUGAUGGGACCGUCACCACCCCCAGGGGAUGGACCCCUGCUCACAUCGCAGCCAUCAGGGGCCAGGAGGCCUGUAUUCAGGCAUUAUUGAAUAACAGCUGUAGCAUGAUUGUGAAAGAUUUACGUGGGAAUACUCCAGCACACCUGGCUGCAGCCCACGGGAACUCCUUCACACUCCACACAAUACUACGCAGUGGCAUUGAUGUUAGUGCCCAUGAUAAGAAUGGCUGGACGGCUCUCCACACAGCCUGUUAUCACGGUAGACUGGGCUGUGUACAGCUUUUGUACAAGUGGGGAGGCAAGACAGAUGAAGUAGACAAUGGAGGCAACACACCAGCUCACCUGGCUGCCAUGGAGGGUCAUCUACCCUGCCUGAAGUAUCUAGUUAGUGUUGGGGCAAGCCCCGAGGGCGUGCUAGGUGCGAGGAAUGACCAGGGGGAGACGCCACGCAACCUGGCACAGCAGUUCUAUAAGGAGAACAUCAUGACGUAUAUCGAUGGCAUUGAGUACGAGAGAGACCACCCAGAGCAACAGGAAAACUUGUCAUUCCCGGCCCACGUGGCAGCGUACAGUGGGGAUUUGGAGCACCUCAGGAUGCUGGUGGAGAAUGGCGUGGUCAACAUCAACGAGAGAGACGAGAAAGGAUCAACGCCUGCUCAUAAAGCUGCAGGUCAAGGUCAUAUCCAGGUUCUCCAGUGGCUCGUAGAGAUGGGAGCCAAUACGUCACUGACCAACAACCUCGGGGAAACGCCGAAAGAUGUGGCGCGACGAUUUGCUCAACUCGCCUGUGUCAAGAUCCUUGGGGGAGAUUCAGAUGACUCACAAAAGUCCAUGGGAAUCCUGGAGAACUUAUCUGAUGAGGAGACUGGCGAGGAAGGGGAGGGAACUGCGGAUGGACUCAGUCUCAGCAUCUCUGACAAGCAGAAGAAACUUGCCAAAGGAAGGGCUAAAAAGAGAAUUGAAGAAUUACAAAGACUGAUGGAAAUUGCUAAGAAGAACUUUUCUCAGCUCGGGGGUCGUCUGUUAGAAGACAAACAACGAGAGGCAGCUCUGCGUGAAAAGGACCAAACUAUUGAGGAGCUAGAAGCUCAGCUGGAUUACGAGCGUCUGAAGAGAGAGAGGCUGGAGGCUCAACUGGAUGACGCAAGGCGUGAAAUUGCUCACCUCAACGUGCAGAUUGAUAACCUAGCCCUAAGUGAUGUGGAAGAGGAAAUAGCUGUACCCAAACCACGCAGAAAGAAGACGUCGACAAAGAAAGGCAGCUCACGACGAGAUGAUGGUGUAUUCAUCAAGAGGAACUUUACUGUGCCUCUGAAGAAAGGCCAGAGAUACGUGUGAACAGUUGUCCUGAAUGAGAAAUUCGCGUCGUUUGUCGUGAAUGAGAAAUUCUCAUCAGUUGUCAUGCGUGAGAAAUUCUCAUCAAUUGUCAUUACCUUUAGAAUUGUGGCCAUUACCUUUAGAAUUGUGGCCAUUGUUGCUCAGAUCUGUAUGUAUCAAAAGUUAAGCGCACUCUCGACUCCUGUCUCAUUUUAUGUUGUGUUGUCAAUGACCUUGCAAAGUACACUUUUUGUGGGAGUUUCUUGGUCAUUCCGUUGUAAAGAUUUUCUUACAACAACUGGUCAGCAACAGUUGAAGGUUGAAAUGUAAGUACUGUUGGUUCAGUUGCUGCUGUGAGUCAGGAGUUGAGUCAGGUGUCGAGGCAGGUGUUGGGUGUCGGUGUCAGGUGUCAGGCAAAGAAGCAGUGUUGUUCUGUUAAUUAACAACAAAUACAGUCAAAUAAGUAAGUGAUGUUGUCAUACGCCUUUGUGAGAAAAGUACAACUGUAUACUUCCAGGUGAACAUAUGUAUUAGAAUGGCUUUUCACUCAGUGAACUUUUGUAUUGAUGAUGGCAAUUGUGUCAUGUCCGUUGUAGUCAAACAUAAAGUCUGUUUCAGACUUUUUUUUGAUCUCUGAAUUUGGGAAUUUAAAGCCAUCAAAUUUGCAUGAAAGCCGCACUAAGAGUGCAUUGGUUGAUGUAAUGACAACAGAGGUCAGUGCACUUGGAACUGUUACAGUAUAACAUUUGUGUAGACAGUAAACUACAUGUGCAUCUACAGUAUAAUGUUCUCCAUGAUUUUCCACUUGUGGAUCUCCAUGAGGCUUUUAGCGGUUCAGUACCAUUUACCUAGCCUUCAUCUGCUGUAAGUGUCCUCUGUGUCAGAGUGGUUAGUGUGCUAGCACAGCACAUGAAUCGAUAGCCUCUCACCGAUGUGGUUGCAGGGAGUUCAGAUCUAACUAAUGGGGGCUUUCUCUCUGGGUUCUAUCUGGGAAGGUCUGUCAGCUACCUGCGGAUGGUUGUGAGCAUCCCAGUUUCCUCCCACUAUAAUUCUCUCUGCCGUUGUAUAAUUAAACUAUUCUUGAGAAAGUUGAUAAACUCACAAACACCAGUAGCUCCUUUUUUUCAUUCAAAGCUGUAAAGACUUGAACAUAAAUAGCAAGCUGUUUAGCUUCUCACAGCCUAUUUCGUUCAAAUCAGGCGAUUUUCGAAGGUAUUGUAUCGUUACAAUCAGAUAUCAUUCGCUAAAUGUCUAUGUUUUUUUGUUUUAUCUUUUUAUUAUAGAAGCUUUCAGGUCAAAUUUAGCACACAUACAUGGUGGGUUUUUGCAUUGAUAUUUUUUCAUCAUUUAUGUGAGAAAUGUACAGGUAUCCUCGGACCUUGUGUUAUUUAGUUCAAGGUACUGUCACAUAGUUUAAACACAUAUAGGUUAUAAGGCAGGCCAAUUUAUUACCUUUUGGACUUACUGUUUUAUGAAUUUAAUUAACAUAUUUAUAUACAUAUGCAUACUGUGAUAUACAGUUUACCUUCAUUAUAUAAAUAUACACAUUUGAUGUUUAGCAAUGUGAACUAUAAUUGUUAAUAUGGAUAUAUUUAUGGUAUUUCAUUCUAAAUUGUAAAAUUUGUACAUUUUAAAAUGUUCGUGGAUUCCAAACAUACAGAUGUUUGUUUAUAAUGUUUGAGGAAUUUUUCACCCUCAAGACUGAUUUCAGACUUGUUUUUGAAAUCAUAGUAUAAUGUAGCACGGGGAAGAUCUAAAGACUUCAGUGCAUAUAAAAUUUGUUUUGGAAUUGGCGUCAGUUUCAGGUAGGACAUUUACUUAUAGAUGUAUCAGCAAUCAGUGUACUGUUUGUUUCUUUUUUUGUUUUGUUUUUUUUAAUUCUUUCAUUGCUAAUUAUAUUUUUACUUGUUGCCGUCCAAAUCAUUGUAUAAUCAGCUCAUUAAACGUGACCUGCAAAACUAUUUUCACUAUAUUUAAAGUUUUUUCUACAUAUUAAUAGACUGAACCCUUGAUCAAUGAACUGAGGUUCUUGUCACCAAGAGAAAAGGACAGAUAAACUCAUGUUGUGGUCAUUAAAAAUAUUAUAUGAACAUACUAAAUUUUUAUUUCUUUGUUUAUUUGAUCACUGUUUAACAUGCCAUAUUCCAGAAUAUAACACGUUUUUCAUAUGUUUUCAGGCCUCCGUGGCUCAGUUGGUUAGCGCACUAACGGAGCGUGAUGACCCAGGAGUCUCUCACCAAU